AUGUCCUCGCCACAAAAAGAAGGCUUCAGUGCCCCCGCCUCCAUCUCGCACGCUGCGCACGGCCACGUCACCACAAAGUCGUUGGGCGUCAAGUACAACUGCGCCCAGUGCGGUGCCAGCUUUUCUUUGGGGAAGAGCGAUGCCAUCAGAUGCAAGGAGUGUGGCCACAGAGUGAUCUACAAGGCCAGAACCAGAAGAAUGGUGCAGUUCGAGGCCCGCUAG